UAACAUCUAAUUUUUUAAGCAACUUGGCUACAUUGUCUGCUUGAUAUGCCCACAGCAGACACAGCUAUGAUUCCUUUGGUGUACUAUAUGUUCUGGUGGUGACCUGAUGACAUGGCCAUAACUGCAGAAAGUCCUUUUUGCUGCAUCAUUGGUGUGUGUUACAUCAGUAGGGCCCUGGCCCCCAACUUACAGCAUCCCCAUGUUCUGUAGCUAGACUUAAACAUCAGGGAACACAACUUACAUUGGCCACCUCCUUUCAUGUCUAAUUGACACCUGGAUUAUGGUAAUGCAGUUCACUAGCUGUUUGGAUGGCAAAAUCUGAAUCAAGGCUCUGUUGUCAAAUUGAAUGUUUACCCUUGCAGAAGUUGCAUCGCUUAAUGACAUUCAGCCAACUUAUCGCAUCCUGAAACCAUGGUGGGAUGUAUUUAUGGAUUAUCUUGCUGUUGUUAUGCUGAUGGUUGCUAUCUUUGCUGGAACCAUGCAGCUAACCAAAGAUCAGGUGGUCUGCUUGCCAGUGUUGCAGUCUGCUGUAAAUUCAGGCAUACAACCCAGCACAUCAGGAAAUGCUAAUGAUAUACCAGGAUCUGAAGCAACCACUGAUCAAGAUAAAGGAAUGAAAAUGAGAACAGUUUCCUUUGAAAAUGCACCUACCAUAACACCAGACACACCACUGAGCAGAUCUACCUAUUCUCAGUUGCAAUCUACUGAAUCAAAUCAGGAACUGAAGAAUGAGAAAAAGGAUUCUUUAGGCCGAAAAACCAAUUUGGAUUAUCAGCAAUAUGUAUUUAUUAACCAGAUGUGUUAUCAUUUGGCUCUUCCUUGGUAUUCAAAGUAUUUUCCCUAUCUUGCUCUCAUACAUACCAUUAUUUUAAUGGUUAGUAGCAAUUUUUGGUUUAAAUAUCCCAAAACUUGCUCAAAAAUUGAACAUUUUGUAUCUAUAUUAGGAAAAUGUUUUGAAUCCCCUUGGACUACGAAAGCACUAUCUGAAACAGCAUGUGAGGACUCUGAGGAAAACAAACAGAGACUAACUGGUACCCAAUCCCUUCCAAAGCACGUUUCCACUAGCAGUGACGAAGGAAGCCCAAGUGCUAGUACUCCUAUGAUUACUAAGUCUGGCUUUAAGUUUUCAGCUGAAAAGCCAGUUAUUGAGGUUCCCAGCAUGACUAUUUUAGAUAAAAAAGAUGGAGAACAAGCCAAAGCCCUGUUUGAAAAAGUUAGAAAAUUCCGUGCCCAUGUGGAAGACAGUGACUUGAUUUAUAAACUCUAUGUCGUCCAGACAGUCAUCAAGACUGUCAAGUUCAUAUUUAUUCUUUGCUACACGGCUAACUUUGUAAAUGAGAUUCGUUUUAAGCACACCUGCACUCCAGAAGUGGAGCAUUUGAUUGGCUAUAAGAAAUUUGAGUGCACACACAAUAUGGCUUAUAUGUUGAAAAAGUUGCUUAUCAGCUACAUUUCUCUCAUUUGCGUGUAUGGUUUUGUCUGUCUGUACACACUCUUCUGGUUGUUUAGAAUACCCUUAAAAGAAUAUUCCUUUGAGAAGGUCAGAGAAGAGAGCAGCUUCAGUGAUAUUCCUGAUGUCAAAAACGAUUUUGCAUUUCUUUUGCACAUGGUAGAUCAAUACGACCAGUUGUACUCCAAACGCUUUGGUGUCUUCUUGUCAGAGGUAAGUGAAAACAAGCUGCGUGAAAUUAGUUUAAACCAUGAGUGGACAUUUGAAAAGCUUCGGCAGCAUGUCUCCCGCAAUGCACAGGAUAAACAAGAGCUUCAUCUCUUCAUGCUGUCAGGGGUCCCUGAUGCAGUGUUUGACCUGACUGACCUGGAUGUGCUGAAACUUGAGCUGAUUCCUGAAGCAAAAAUCCCAGCUAAAAUCUCCCAGAUGACCAACCUUCAAGAGCUUCAUCUCUGCCACUGUCCUGCUAAGGUUGAGCAGACUGCUUUCAGCUUCCUCCGUGACAACUUGAGAUGCCUUCAUGUGAAAUUCACAGAUGUUGCAGAAAUUCCUGCUUGGGUGUAUUUGCUCAAAAAUCUCCGUGAGUUAUAUUUGAUAGGCAACUUGAAUUCUGAAAACAAUAAAAUGAUAGGGCUUGAAUCUCUCAGAGAGUUAAGACACCUUAAAAUUCUCCAUGUGAAGAGCAAUUUGACCAAAGUCCCCUCCAAUAUCACAGAUGUGGCACCACAUCUAACAAAACUGGUAAUUCACAAUGAUGGCACCAAGCUUGUGGUACUGAACAGCCUUAAGAAAAUGAUGAAUGUAGCUGAAUUAGAACUACAGAACUGUGAACUGGAAAGAAUUCCACAUGCCAUUUUCAGUCUAACUAAUUUGCAGGAUCUGGAUUUAAAAUCAAAUAGCAUACGCACAAUUGAAGAAGUCAUCAGCUUCCAGCAUUUAAAAAGACUUACUUGCUUAAAGUUAUGGCACAAUAAAAUAGUCAACAUUCCUCCCUCCAUUUCCCAUGUAAAGAACUUGGAGUCACUUUAUCUCUCCAAUAACAAACUCGAAUCCUUGCCAGUAGCAGUGUUCAGUUUACAGAAACUCAGAUGCUUAGAUGUAAACUAUAACUCAAUUGCGGUGAUUCCAGUGGAAAUCGGAUUGCUUCAAAAUCUGCAGCAUUUGUAUAUCACAGGAAACAAAGUGGAUAUUUUGCCAAAACAGUUGUUUAAGUGUGUGAAAUUAAGGACUUUGAGUCUGGGGCAAAACUGUAUUACCUCGAUCCCAGAUAAAAUUGGUCAGCUCUUGCAGCUAACUCACUUAGAACUGAAAGGAAACUGCUUAGAUCGGCUACCAGCUACACUAGGGCAAUGUCGGCUUCUCAGGAAAAGCGGCCUUGUUGUGGAAGAUCACCUCUUUGACACGUUGCCUUCAGAAGUUAAAGAAGUAUUGAAUCAAGACAUUACCUUUGCUAAUGGGAUUUAAACACAGGUGUAAUUCUCAAGUAGCUGACUUCCAAGCAGCAAAUGCUAAUGUACAAGUUACUACAAGAUCAUGAAUUUUAGAAAUACAAGAAUCUUUGUAAGAAAGAGCUAGCAGGAUGAUAGGUGAUGUAACUGAGUGUUCAGUGUUUGUAGCAUUUUAAAUGAUUUCAAUUUUUUUGAAAGAGAAAGUCCUUAAUCUCAAUUAUUUUUCUUUUAAAUUGUUUGUAACAUGAAUGCUGCCGCUUUUGAAUGUUUACAAAUUGCUUGCCUGCUUAAAGUAAAUGAUUGAUUAAAUUGAUGACAUUUUUCUUACUAUAUAACCUAUUUUUAAUGUCUGGACUUUAUAUUUUUUCCCAAAUACUACUAAAGUGCUGCUUCUUUGUCCACAGUGCAAUUUCUGUUGAGAAGUAAAGACCUUUCCCCAUUCCAGAACUGAUUUGUGUUGCCCGAGUGUGGUCCCAGACACUGCUAAUCGGAGUGUUGAUAAGAUGGCCAAAUGUAAUUGGAUUGGCCCUAGGGUCAGGUCAUUUUGAAUUGCUUUGCAGGGUGAUGAUGGAAAGUCUUCAGAUAAGUUAUUUUACUACUGCUGCUUUACUCCCCUACAGCGCUUUCCAUCUAGGAAUCUCACAGUGCUCCAUAGCAGCGGUUCCCAACCGCCGGCCCAACAGCAGACCUCUAGCUCCCGGGCCAUGGUGGCUCUGGGGGACCAGGGCUGAGGUACACUGCUCUCACCGUGGCUCUUGGAAGAGGCGUGUCCUGCUCUGACUCUCAGCCAACCAGUGCUGGGCAGGGUCUCUUCCCGGCUGCAGAAGAGUGCUUCCCCCCCAAGGCCUUCUUACAGUUCAGGGAAGUCCUCUUCUGCAGCUGGGAGGAGAUAAAUAAAUUGAGAAAAAACUGUCAGCAGAGUGUAUUAUUAUCCAAUUGACUUUGAAUUGACUGAAUCACUGCAGAAGUGUAAAUUUAAUCUGCAGAAUCACCUACUGCAAAACGUGUUCACUUCAGUGCCAUCUCUAUGUAAAUAAUUACUGUGCUGGGAGAGCUGAAUACAAAUUAGUCUCAUGUAAUGAUUAAAUUAGUUCUCUGCUGGUGACUUGCUAGAUGCUGAACUGUGCUACAGCUCAGCUAAAAUCCAAGGACCUGAUUCUUCAGAUGCACCAAUGAUGGUGGAACUCCACUGACUUGAGUAGAGCUAGUCCUGAUUCAUGUCACUGUAAACAAGGCUAUGUCUGCACUUGAGACUUUCUGCUGCUUUUGCAUAUCUGUGUUAAGUGAUCUGCAACAAGUGUUGCAUGAGCUGUUAGGACUCACGACAUUACCUAAUUGAUGAAGGUAGUUUUGUGUUAUAUCAUUGCUGCCAUCCAGGACAGUAGUAUUUUGAAAUAAGCAUUCAGAAUUCUGGUCAAGUACCCCAUGAUGCAUUGCUCUGAUUCUGUGCACAGUGCUUUCAGGGUGUUCCUUUUCUAACACAAGAUACCAAGUGCCUUUAAACAUUUCCCAGCAUGCCCCCUGCCACAGAGGAGUUCUAUCCUUGACAGGCAGCCACUUCCUCCUCCUCACCUUCAAGACUAUUCCUCCAGCUCCAGAUGAAGAGUUCAGUUUCAAGUCUCUCUUUUUCAGAAAGGCUCUUUUUCUUCUUCUUCAAGUGAUGUUCCCAUGGGUGCUCCAUUGUUGGUGUUGGGCUUGUCCUGCACCGCAGAUCGGAGAUUUUUUUUUUCUAGCAGUGUCUAGUUGUGCUGUGCAUGCGUGAGAGCGGUGCGUGCCGUUUGUGCCUUUGGCAUUCACACAUAUGGCCUGACUCGCUUCAGUCCUUUGUUGACCAUCCUCGGUCACAGAUGGAGCUGUAAUCCUCUCCUCCUCUUCAGUUCUCUGUAGAUAGAAAUUAUAGACUCAUAGACUUUAAGGUCAGAGG